AUGUGCGGACAUGAAUCAUCCAUUACCACUCAACUAGAGGAAAUCCCAAACCAGCUAACUACGCCCACCAAAAUACUGUCCCUGCUCAGAGAGAAAAAUUUCACCGAAUUCGUUCGAACUUUAAAUUCCAGCUCAUUCGAUGUGAAUCACUUUUACGAUGAACCGGAUAACGGAACUUUACUAGAUAUCGCCUGUCGUUCGAAAGGAUACCGCGAAUUUGUCGAUAUUCUCAUCGAGUACGGUGCCAAUAUCAACGUUAUAAAUGAAAAACGUGGAACUGCUCCAAUUCACGAAGCGGUGGCAUUUUCAGAUAUCGGGACUUUGAAAAUAUUACUGAAAAAUGGCUGCGAUGUUAAUCUGGUCGAUGGAUCUGGUCACACUCCGAUCUUGAAAGCUGUAUUCUUGGCUCGAAUCGAUAUGCUUCGAAUAUUAAUGGAAAAAAAUGAGGUUUCCUUGCAACCAGUUGAAGAUCAAACAAUAUUGCACGCGUUUCUUCACGGAUUGCAAGAAUUUGCUGGUGGUUCGGGAGUAACGAACCCCGAUGAGAAUGACUUGAAGAGGAAAUAUUGCGAAUGUUUGAGAUAUAUUCUAUACGAAGCACCUCGCAGCAAAUUCGAUGUAACUAAAGCUAUGCUAUCUGGUUUCUAG